AUGAAUGCUGCCCCUGUGUCACUCUUGGACUCUGAUGAAUACUCAUGCCAGUAUUUAGACUCAGAGUUUGAAGAUUCUGACAUUGAGUUGGAUAUUGAGAGCCUUCAGUCGACAGCAGCAUCCCCAACACUGACGCACACCCAUCAACCAGGCAGUCUGCGGUACAGCCACACUGGGGAAGUGCUGGAGUCUCCAGGGUGCCCUCCUUCUGACAAUCACAAAGAGCUCAGCCAAGAUAAGGGGAUCCCCCUCUAUUUCCAAAACACCAUGGAAACGCUGAGAGACAGGCAAGCCUACCAGGACGCAGGGAAAGGAGGCAGCAGAGGAGGUUUGUCUCUGCCGAGUCUGAAUAACAACAGCAGACGCUGGAGCCAGGUAGAUCCUGCUCCCUCAUGUGGUUUGCUGAGUACCAGGACCUCCUGCGUCCCAGUACCCCCUACACCCAGGCAGAGGACAAGGAGUGUGGUUGCUGCAUGCCCAUCCUCCCCCGGCCUGCUGUCUGUGGCUGAGUCCAGCCAGCUCAGCCAGUCAGCCCCAUGCAUCAUGGAACCACUACUGUGUUUGAACACUAUGAUGCAGGCCAGGGCACAUAUCCAGACACGACUUGGUUCUCAAGAUACUGUUCAUGAGCAAAAGGGUCCCUUUCCAGCUCUGAACCCUCGAACACCUAAGCUGUUGGCACCGCUGAACAGCAGACCCAGGGAAGGUGCAGCUCUGCCAGUACUGAAGCACCGUGUUCCCCUGAAGCCCAUCAGCCGGAGCCCCCUUUGCUCCAGGGCCUGGCUGAGGAGAGAGAGGCUGUUCCGGGGCAGCCCACGCGCUGGCACUCUGACUACUGCUAAGGGUGGCAGUGAGGAGAGCGGGUCCAGCAGCAGCCAGAGUUCAAUUGAUCUGGAGGAUGACGAGAGGGAUAUUCAGGAGAGAUCUUCAGAGGAGAGCAAUCUGAAGUUUGAUGAUGACAGGCUGUUGCAGCUUUCGAAGGAUGCAAUCUCCACUCAGGCUGAUUUGGUUGAGGAGACUAGGCAGCAUUUUAAAGUUCAGUCAAGAAUCAGUCAGAUUCCACUGAUCCACAGCUCAGCACAAAGCAUGGUUGGGGACCCUAUCCAUUGUGAAGGAGAUCUCAGCACUGAAAGAACAACAAACUGUCAUCGUGAAGGGAAAGCCCAAAAUAUGAAUUAUACAAAGGAGCAUGUUUACAAUCAUAGCUUUACAAAAUCUGACUAUGCAAAACAAAGUGACACUUUGAACCAUAUUGAAGACACUGUGAACAAUAAAAUGCCAAUCACAUCAAAGUCUAAAGUCAAGAACCAUGGAGGCUGCACUACACACCCUGAGAGUGACAUUACCCAUGAAACUAUAUGUGAUAUGAAUGAUGACCACGGUGAUGCUGUUGCAUGCUCUGGGGGGAUUUACAGAAAUGAGCUCCAGCAUGUACAAAAGAGAGAAGUGACAAUGAAGGAUUCCUCUGAUGAAGAAACCCAGGUUCAUCAAAAACUUUGUCGUGCUGAGCCCACAGAGUUGAAUAUCAACACUGCUGUGGGGGAAAUUCAGCUCUUUACAGCAGGAGUAAACCGUCCACUGUCAAAUGUGGAUUCAAAGACAGAUAAGAAGGAGGCAACAACCAGCAUGACCCAUGAACAAAGAGCGAAUAAUCAAACUAACCAGUCCUUCAAUCUUCGAGCACAUAAAGAACGAAGUAUUAUUAGUCGGAACAAGUCCAAAACAAAUCUGAAGUGCCCCUCACUUUCCACACAAGUCAAGGAUAAAACCAGGAAAAGUCCUGAGCUAAUAAUAAGUGGAGAGGCCACAGUCAAAAUAAAGUCAAAGCUAAUUCCUGUAAAAGGUGCUUAUCGUAGCACUGACACCCCAUCGCCACGAAAGAAGGUUAUUCAUUUUCCACAGAGCAGAAGAGCAAAUCUGGACAAGUCAAACAACAGCAGAGCUCAACCACCAGGGAGAGAGCUGAAGAGCGCAAGACAGCUGAAGAGACUCAGUGUAGCAGGGACAACAAGGUCUAAAUCUGCAGUGGACUUUAUCACCUACAAAGACAUGUUUCAGCAGAUACAGAGCAGGGAUGGAGGGCCAGCCAUGUAUGAGAUGUUUGCUGGUCCUAUCUACGAGAACCUGAGGGUUUCCAGCUCCUGUGAAAAAACAAAGGACAGACAAGUGCAGUCUGCGUCAUCUAGGAAGGUCCAACAGUCCCAGAAAGUCAAACAGAGACCCUUGACACAACCUCAAUGCAAAUUGAGGAGAAGCCCUGGAGAAACUAUGGUGAUUUCAACAAAGAGCAAACCAAGACUCGUGUCCUCCAGGGUGAAACCUCACCUCACAUCUCCAUCAAGGAAAGACAAUACAACUAAACUAGACACAAAGUUAGUUCUUUCUAAGCAUGGUGAGAUUUAUCACAAUAGUGCUCAAGAAAAGGCUCAUAUCUUAUCUACCAUUGGGGAGGCUCUUUCAAGAUAUGACACUGAAACAUUAAAACCUGAUGACAAAACCCUGACUAUGGCAACAACUUCAUCUAAUGCUAAAGACAGCCAUACGUCCAUGUCGCAAGAAACGACUGGGACUUCAUCAACAAGAAACCAAAGCCGACCUGUUCCCGUGUCUGUGUCACCUCAAAGCUCCCAGCAGCCAAAGAUCAACACAUGGACAUCUUCUAGCAGCAGCAGCAGCAACACUAUUAUGUCCCCAGUUUACCAGAAGUUUCUCAAUGAAGUUGGGGAUGGCCCGCUCACUGAUGACCUGCUGCAAUGUCUGGCUGAAGAGCUAAUCUCACUGGAUGAGAGGGAUGUCUCCAUAGCCUCAUGUUCAGAAAACCUUGAAUCCAAUAAAGAAGAGUCCAUCAGAGAAGAUCUUGCAACGGGAAGAAACAUGUUAUCCGAGGUUAUUUCACCAGACAAUGCAGCGUUGCUUGGCUCUGGGGGGGCUGUUGACUCCAUCACAUGGACAAAGGGUGAAGUGCUUGGCCGAGGAGCCUAUGGAACAGUGUUCUGUGGCCUGACCAGCCAGGGCAAGCUGAUAGCAGUGAAACAGGUCAGUCUGGACACCUCUGACCCUGAAGUGGCAAAGAGGGAGUACAGUCGUCUGCAGGGUGAAGUGGAUCUGCUUAAGGCCCUCAGCCACAUCAACAUCGUGGGCUUCCUGGGAACCCGUCUUUAUGAGCACAUAGUUUCUAUCUUCAUGGAGUAUAUUCCAGGAGGAUCCAUCUCUAGCAUCCUUCACAGGUUUGGUCCUCUGCCCGAGCGAGUCUUAUCUCUCUACGCCCAUCAGAUCCUGGACGGAGUGGCCUACCUUCACCAGAACAGGGUGAUUCAUCGUGACUUAAAAGGAAACAAUGUAAUGCUGAUGCCCACUGGUGUCAUCAAGCUCAUAGACUUUGGGUGUGCACGACGUCUCAGCUGCCUGAACCACACUGCAAGUAAUAGUGGGGACCUGCUAAAGUCUGUCCAUGGCACACCUUACUGGAUGGCACCAGAGGUUAUCAAUGAUACGGGAUAUGGAAGGAAGUCAGAUAUAUGGAGUGUCGGUUGCACAGUGUUUGAAAUGGCCACAGGGAAACCACCACUGGCACACAUGGACAAGAUGGCUGCCUUGUUCUACAUUGGAGCUGAAAGGGGGCUGAUGCCGUCCUUACCGGAUGGGUUCUCGGAUAAUGCCAAGGAUUUUGUAAAAAUCAGCUUGACAAGUGACCAGAGACUACGGCCAUCUGCAGACGAGCUCCUGACACAUCCAUUCAUCCCAAAAAAUGAGACUGGAGUGAAGUGCUGUGGUCACCCACAGGGACACUGUGGUUAACAUGGAGUUACACUAAAACAAAACAUAGCUCAGUGGGAAGUUUUUUUGUGAUCCUUGAAGGGCCACCUAUCCCUACUGAUGCGGCAUGCAUGACAUUUACUCAUAGAUUUGGGGUUUUCUUAAGCAAUCUUAUGAAUGUGCCAAUCUAAUGAAUACCAUCAUUUUACAUUAUAUACAUUUAACUCAAGUCUCUGUUUUGCAUAUUUAGGUUCUUGUAGAAUCUAAUCAUUGCUGAAGGAUUUGUUAAAUUACAAACCAAUUUCCAUAAAAUUAAUUUCACAGUGUUGUGAAUGUUUAGUAGCACUUCUGUUAAGUUUACUCUGAGUAUUAUAAUAUGCGAGUAAUAAUUGUGCUUGUGUGGCGAGAACUUUUC